CGUUGCUACCACAUCAAGAGCCAUCAUGGACGGCGGCGGGUACACGUCUGCGGCGCACACCCUCCGCACGGAAGCGCCUUCGUCGGACAUUGUCGCCGCCAUGGAACAACUCAAGCGCCAGCGCAGCGCCGUGGAAGGCAAGCGCAUGCAACUCGCGCAAUCCCUCGCCCUUGACGACGAUGCGACCAAGCGAAGUACCGACGUCAAGGCCACAGAGUUCGCGCGGCUGUUCCAAGACAACGUCGUGCCCCUGCCCCUUGCGUAAGCCCAUGCAGUCGCUCCUUCCUUCGGCGUCAUUCUAUUUAAAACACUAAAGUCCUACCAAGUGUUCCUGAAUUCGAUGUAUUGCGCGGGGAACGAGCUCAA